CCCUACUCUGUCCCUACAUGAGAUCUCACUCUCUAUAUCGCUGACAUGGCGGGCACAGAUAUAUUUUUGCCUAAUUUCUAUCCAAGCUGCGUGCGCGGUGAUGGCGCGCUAGGGGCGCAGAGAAGUGUACAUGGAUGUGCGUUCGUUGUUGGAAGAGACAAAGGUGUGUGUCUAUGUUGGAGCUGCCUGAGAGGAGAGGCCAUUUUGUACAGCGAGGCAGGCAGGCGUCUGUACAUGUCUGUCUGUGUAUUUUUCACGUCAGUAACAGGAAGCGUGCCAUUGUGCGUACGAGAGCGAACAUUUCAGUGUUGGAGGGGCGAGAGCUAGCAGAGCAGUAACAACACCCAAACCUAUCUCAUCAGUUUCCCGAGCGUUCACUGUCCUUUCUACACUGUUUCCUCUGUGCAAUGGAUGGACCAGGGCUCAGUUCAGUGGAAUGUCAGCUAUGUGCCAGGCCUCUCCACAGAACCGUCUAGCAGGGAUCUAAGAAGCCUCUUUCUUCUGCUGUCUUGUGCGGCCGUACUAUCAUGAGCACCUCUACUCCAUCCACAGCUAAUGGCAACGAUAGCAGACAGUUUAAAGGAGACCGUUCUCCCUGUGGUCCUUCCCGAGUGCUCCACGUCCGCAAGGUUCCCAUCGAGGUGUCUGAGGCUGAGCUCGUCUCUCUAGGAAUCCCCUUCGGUAGAGUCACCAACUUGUUGAUGCUGAAAGGGAAAAACCAGGCUUUUAUAGAAAUGGCUUCUGAAGAGGCAGCGAUCACCAUGGUGAACUACUAUACCACAGCAACGCCUCACGUCCGCAACCAGCCCGUCUACAUCCAGUACUCCAACCACCGCGAGCUCAAGACUGACAACCUGCCCAAUCAGGGGAGAGCUCAGGCAGCAUUGCAGGCGGUCAACGCAGUGCAUUCUGGGAACAUGGCGUUAGGCGGUUCAGCAUCGGGCAGUGAUGGAACCUUGAUGCCAGGACAGAGCCCCGUGCUGCGUAUCAUCGUAGAAAACCUCUUCUACCCUGUAUCACUGGAGGUCCUACACCAGAUCUUCUCUAAGUUCGGGACAGUCUUGAAGAUCAUCACUUUCACCAAGAACAACCAGUUCCAGGCCUUGCUACAAUAUGCUGACCCAAUGAAUGCCCACCACGCCAAAGUGACUUUGGAUGGCCAGAACAUCUAUAAUGCGUGCUGCACUCUGCGUGUGGAGUUCUCCAAGCUGACCAGCCUGAAUGUGAAGUACAACAACGACAAGAGCCGAGAUUUCACCCGCCUGGACCUUCCCUCUGGAGACGGACAGCCCACCAUGGACCCUGCCUUGACCGCCGCCUUCGGUGCUCCAGGUAUCAUCUCUUCGCCUUACGCUGGGGCAGCAGGUUUUGGCCCCACUAUCGGAUUCUCCCAAGCAGGAGGCCCACCCUUUGACCUGCUCUCGUGCUUGCCCCCAGGUCUGUCCAUGCACACGAUGACAGGAAUGGGACACCUCACCAUGCCAGGCUCAGUCUCGGGACGGAUGACCCUACACGGCAUGGCGCCCACCGCCGUUCACGCUGUUCUCCUCGUCUCCAACCUCAACCCCGACAGCAUAUCACCACACGAACUGUUCAUCCUAUUUGGGGUGUAUGGUGACGUGCAUCGGGUCAAGAUUCUGUUCAACAAGAAAGAGAAUGCCUUAAUCCAGAUGGCUGAUGCUACUCAGGCACAGCUUGCUAUGUCCCACCUGAACGGCCAGCGGCUACACGGUAAGGUGAUCAGAGUGACCAUCUCUAAGCACCAGGCGGUCCAGCUGCCCAGGGAGGGACAGGAAGACCAGGGCCUCACGAAAGACUUCAGCAGCUCCCCGUUACACCGCUUCAAGAAGCCUGGAUCCAAGAACUUCCAGAACAUCUUCCCUCCCUCUGCCACCCUCCAUCUCUCCAACAUCCCGUGA